AUGGCUGCAUUUACAAAUAGAGAACAAGAGAAGGCUAAAAUAAAAUUAAGAAAUAAAUUUGAAAAUUUAUAUCUUAAUAUUACUAGCAAUAAUCAAUCAGAGCAACAAACAUCAAUAUCAACAGUUACUGAAAUCAUGCAAAAUCUAUUUUUUGAAGCAAUGUCUGUCCCUUUUGAAAGACUUUUUUCAGAUACAGGAAACCUGAUUACUCCCAAUAUACAUGAUUAA